AUGGAAGGCGUUAAGCGUUAUAUACGUAGUGAAUCGGCGAGCUGUGCACACAUGGUUGAGGAGGCGACCGCGAACAAUAGAAAGAGUGCUGAUCCUCAUGAGAAGUUAAAGGCUUUGCUCAAUUCGCCGGAAGAGGAUACAGAUGACACCCUACCUCCCUCAGAUGCCCCGAAAUUCGGGACUGUCAUUCAUAAUAGAAUCUUUGUUGGUGGGUUCUCGUUGACGACAACAGAUGAGGAUCUAUGGAAGUUCUUCUCAGGGUUCGCCACUGUGACAGCGGCGAGGGUUAUCUACGACAGAGCUGGCGUCUCCAAGUGCUAUGGUUUCGUAACCUUCGCGAGUCCACGGGUUGCGAGGCUGAUUGUCAAACAGAGCGGAGGUGUGAUGUUUUCACCCCUAGGACGUCUCCGAGUCGCUCAAGCUGUGAGAAAGCAGAUGAGUCAAAUACCAGUUUUGACUACCGAAGCCGCCCCUCUCCAAGCGCCUCUCUGCUACCAGCUCAUCUGUCCCCCCCUGGCGCCGCUGCCAGCGUGUGCACCCUGCGAGAUGCCUCCACCCCCAUACGCUGUGUAUCCUCUACCGUUUGACACCGCACCGGCCCUGUACGCUCCACCAACUCAAUACGCGCUGCUCCCAGCCCCGUACAGUGCAGCAUGCUGCGAGCCAGCAUGCUGCGCGCCAUUGGACAAGCCUCCACGCUUACCAGGACCACCGCUGCAUCCCGCGUUUAUCUACUGA